UUUUUUCGCUCGUUGCGAUGUGCGAGAUCUUAUCAACCCUAUAAUUUCUCCGAAGGCUGUCAUCCCCGUCCCUCCCUAGGAGCCUCAAACCGAGAAUACCAACUCAGAGAACCGGCAUUAGUUUUGAGAAAACCAGUACGAACUGGGGGCACCUCUCUUAUUCAUCCUUGCGCGCAUAUCUAUCCAGGCGCUAUUGAUGUUAUGAGUUUGCUUUUGCCGAAUGACAACAAUGGGAUCACGCUCUCGCUCUACCCUCCUUCCGGUUCAUCCGACUAGUCCACCGCUCUCAAAACCCCCGUCGAACGUUGCGAUGGCUGUCACAACACUGAAAGUUGACGGUAUGACGUGCAGCGCCUGCACGUCCGCUCUCGAGUCUGCGUUUAAAGAUGUUGACGGCGCAAAGAAAGUUUCUGUCAGUCUUGUGAUAGGGAGAGCGGUGGUAGAACACGAUUCAGCAGUCUUGCCUCCAGAGAGAGUGAAAGAGAUAAUCGAAGAUCGCGGUUUCGAUGCAGAGGUUUUGACAACGGAGUACUCGAAAGCCGUUGACGAUAACCUAGAUAUGCCCUCGAAUACUUCUAUUUCUGGAGUCACAGCUUCGACCACGACUCUCACCGUUAAGGGGAUGACAUGUAGCUCGUGCACAUCCGCUAUUGAAUCUGGGUUAACAGGUGUUAGUGGUAUUUUUGAAGUCACUGUUUCGCUACUUUCGGAACGGGCUGUUGUCAGGCAUGAUGCCGCCCAAAUCACACCCCAACAGAUCGCAGAAAUUAUUGAGGACCGUGGAUUUGAGGCCACUGUUGCGAACCUGGAAAGCCCUAGUGCUACCAUUGGUAUUAGCACGACAAGUAACGAGCCCUCCUCAAAGGAUCAAUCGGCACAGAUAAAUACUACAAUCGCGAUCGAAGGGAUGACAUGCGGAGCAUGUACAUCGGCCGUUGAAAACGCUUUGAAAGACCAGCCAGGCUUACUUAGUUUCAACAUCAGCCUUUUGGCCGAGCGCGGGGUUGUGCUCCACGAACCGUCGGUUCUUCCCGCGUCAAAAGUUGUUGAGCUUAUCGAAGACGCCGGUUUCGAUGCACGGGUUCUGUCAUCGGAGGUGAACUCGUCAUUUUUGAAUCGUACUUCCGCCUCUCUCAAUUUCAGCAUUUAUGGUCUGACCGAUGCAGCCUCGGCUACAUCUCUGGAAACUCGGCUUCGUAACACAACGGGAGUACUAGCUGCGGAUGUGAAGCUAUCGAAUUCUCGCGCGACAAUCGCCUACCAGCCGUCUAGAAUCGGCAUCAGAGCUUUGGUGGAAAUAGUCGAGAGCGGUGGCUAUAACGCCUUGCUCGCUGAAUCGGAAGACAACGACGCUCAGCUGGAAUCACUCGCAAAAACGAAAGAAAUUCAGGAAUGGCGCAAAGCUUUUUGGGUAUCAUUCUCAUUUGCGGUCCCGGUAAUGCUAAUCAGCAUGUUAAUACCAAUGUAUCUUCCAGCUCUUGAUUUUGGAAGAUUCGAAAUCAUCCAUGGGUUAUUUUUGGGCGACAUCGUCUGUCUACUCUUGACUAUACCCGUCCAAUUCGGCGUGGGCAUGCGUUUUUACCGAUCGUCAUUCAAAGCUUUGAAGCAUCGCUCUCCUACUAUGGAUGUCCUGGUGAUGCUGAGCACGAGUCUAGCGUUCUCAUUCAGCAUCUUGGCCAUGUUGGUCUCUAUGACUUGUAUGCCGCACUCCCGGCCAAACGUCGUGUUUGAGACCAGUACGAUGCUUAUCACUUUUAUCACAUUGGGUCGUUGGCUGGAAAACCGAGCCAAAGGGCAGACUUCUCGCGCAUUAUCCCGGUUAAUGUCUCUCACCCCAUCCAUGGCUACUAUUUAUGACGAUCCCAUCGCUGCCGAGAAAGCGGCUGAGCCAUCCCAUGCUGUGGGUGAUGCGGCUGAAGAGAAAAAUACAAUCUCGGUCUCUGUGAAAAAUACGAAUAUGAAAUCCAUUCCCACCGAGCUGAUCCAAGUUGGUGAUGUUGUUUGUCUUCGUCCGGGCGACAAGAUUGCGGCAGACGGCAUUGUUAUUCGCGGCGAGAGCUAUGUCGAUGAGAGCAUGGUUACCGGCGAGGCCAACCCGAUCCGCAAGAUACGAGGAAGUCAAGUUAUAGCAGGUACCGUCAACGGCACUGGAUGGGUUGAUUUCCGCGUUGUUAGGGCUGGUAAAGAUACACAGCUAAGCCAAAUCGUCAACCUCGUGCAAAAUGCACAGACAAGCCGAGCCCCAAUUCAGCGUAUGGCCGAUAUAGUCGCUGGAUAUUUCGUUCCCACUAUCUUAACUCUUGGGUUGGUUACCUUUUUUGGAUGGAUGAUUCUCAGUCACAUUCUGCCCAAGCCACCCGAGAUAUUCCUUCGGGAAAGUAGUGGUGGAACUGUAAUGGUUUGCCUUAAACUGUGUAUAUCUGUGAUAGUGUUCGCAUGUCCGUGCGCUCUCGGACUUAGCACACCUACUGCUGUCAUGGUUGGAACGGGUGUCGGAGCCGAACACGGCAUCCUCGUCAAAGGUGGUGCAGCACUAGAAGCAGCAACGAAAAUACAACACGUCGUGUUUGACAAAACCGGUACAUUGACAACAGGCAAAACAACAGUUGCUGAUGUGAAAGUUGAACCGCUUUGGGCAUCCAAUGAGUGGCGUCGGCGUCUGUGGUGGUUGCUUGUCGGACUUACAGAGAUGACCAGUGAACAUCCUAUUGGCAAAACCAUCGUGUCUGCCGCCAAAUCCGAAAACGGAAUCUCGAACGAUGAUCCUCUGGACGGUUCGGUGGUUGAGUUUCAGGCCACUGUUGGGAAGGGAGUAUCAGCCAUCGUCGAGUCGGCGUCUGGCGUAGAACGAACCAAAUAUCGCGUCAUUGUUGGAAAUGCAGUGUUUCUUCGGUCAAAGGAUAUCCGAGUACCCGCUUCAGCCGAUCCAGACAGCCAGGACCCCACGCCCGCUAAGUCCGGGGUGCAUAGUUCCCAGUACGAUGUAUUGAAUGGGACAACUCGGGUACAUAUCGCCAUCGACAAUCAAUACGCAGGCACAAUUUCGCUUCAGGAUUCUCUAAAACUUACGGCGAAGGCGACGGUUGCAGCGCUUCAUCGAAUGGGGCUUACAACAUCGCUGGUCACUGGAGACACUUACUCUACCGCUGUGGCCGUGGCCAAUGCUGUCGGCAUUCCCACAGAGUCGAUCCACGCCUCAGUCACCCCACCCGAAAAACAGGCAAUCAUUGCGGAGCUCCAAACCGUGUCAGGAAUUUCCGUCGCCAUGGUUGGCGACGGAAUCAACGAUUCUCCCGCCUUAGCAACGGCUUCCAUCGGUAUUGCACUCUCCUCCGGCACAGACGUCGCCAUGGAAGCCGCCGAUGUUGUUAUUAUGAGACCCGAUGAUCUGCUCUCCGUGCCCGCGAGUCUAUGUCUUGCCAAAUCAAUCUUCACACGGAUAAAGCUCAAUCUCAUCUGGGCCUGUAUGUACAAUGCCAUUGGGCUUCCUUUCGCAAUGGGAAUAUUCCUCCCAUUUGGAGGAAUAUCUUUACAUCCUAUGGCUGCUGGUGCUGCAAUGGCAGCUUCCAGCGUGAGCGUUGUUGUGAGUAGCUUGCUUCUAAAGCUAUGGAAACGACCACAAUGGCUGGAUGUAGACAGGCUGGAGAGGGAGGUUGAAUUGGGCAAGAUCGGCGCGACGGGAGGCGGCCGUCAUGGAGUUGGUGACUGGUGGCGGAAGAGUCCGUUUGCAUCCCGUGAGACUGGAAUAUUAACACAGAGUAUGGGGUGGAUUGCGCGAACGACUGCGAGUAUGAUGAGCCGAAAGAAAAUACGAACCGAAGAAGAGGGCUACGUGCCUCUGCAAAGCGUGGAGCCGAUUAAUUAGAUGGCUGUUUCCCGCUCUCUUUUCUUUUAACUGUGUUUCUUGCAAUUUUUUGGGGCAUUUUGUAUCUAUUACGGUUUGAAUGAAGUAAUAUAUACCCGCCAUACAUUUAUG